AUGGUGGUCAAUAAUCCUAACAACUGGCAUUGGGUGGACAAGAACUGUAUAUCUUGGGCACGCGAAUACUUCAAUGGGAAAUUACCAGGUUUGAACACUGGGGACAAAGAUACAGCGACCAAAUAUGCUGAGAUCACCUCUGUUUCAUCCUUGGAAGGUGAUUGUGAGGUGAACCAGAGGAAGGGUAAAGUGAUCUCUCUGUUCGAUCUGCAGGUUGUGAUGCUAAUAAAGGGUUUUGUCGGCGAUGAACAAUUCGAGGGCAGUAUUACUGUGCCAGAAGUGGCAUUUGACAGCAGCGCUACGGACUACCAAUUUGACAUAUCUGUGUACAAGGAGACUGUCAAGUUGAAUGAGGUGAAGGAGACCAUCAGGGCGAAUCUCGUACCUCAAUUGAGAGACAUCUUCCAGCAGUUUGGUAAAGAUUUGUUGGUGACGCACGGGAAUGAUAUCCAAGUUCCAGAAAACGAGGUUAAAUCCGUAUUCACUAAGGCAAACCAGCAGAGCAGUCUGAACGCGAGCAAGAAAGCUGAAGAGGCUGUCAAGAACCAACAACAGCAACAACAAUCUGCCACUACUUCCUCUGCCAAUUCACAAAGUAAGUCAAGCACUGGCCAUGUGGGUAACACCACCACCAUUCAUUUGGAGCCAUCAUUCAACGUUCAAGCCUUUGAGAUCUUCAAUACUUUCAUUGACAAGGAGCGUAUUAUUAUAUGGUCACGUUCCAAGAUUCACGAGUACAACGACAACACGAACAAUGGGUCACAGUAUCUAAUGGUGGGUGACAUGUUUGACCUGUUUGACGGUAACAUUACGAGUGAACUUUUAGAGAGUAAAUUGGGCACAAAACUAGUGCUCAAGUGGAGAUUGAGGGAUUGGCCUGCCAAUGUGUACUCUACCCUUGACAUGGAUUUCCAUGAGUCCGAGGAGUACCACGAGACCAAAGUCCAGAUCACGUGGAGCGGUAUCCCAGUUGGCGAGGAGGACCGUGUACGUGCAAACUUCGAAAACUACUACGUGAAGCCCAUAAAGCUUACUUUCGGGUUUGGGAUAGUUCUGUGA